UUAACUGUUUUGCCGCCAAUUUAUGACUGACGACAUUCUUGGAAAUGCGCGUAUUUAAAUGCUAAAUGCUAUUUAAAUGCUAAAAUGGCUGAUACAGAUCGAAGUUCAAGCGGCGUGAUGGAAGCCAAAGAAGUGUUUGGACUUCUGCAAGAAAUGGCGAAAUUAAUGAAAACUGGAUUAGAUGAUGAAACAUUGGCUAUCUGCGUAAGACUGUGUGAAGAUGGUGCUAAUCCUGAAGCCUUGGCUUCUAUUGUUAGAGAUCUUUCUCGAGAAUCUGCUGCUUUGAAAUCCAAUGAAGUAAAAUUUUUUUAUUCUUUUUAAACUUUUUUUUUUUUUUCUUUUUUAACUGAAGCAUGAAGCGAACAAUGAAAUCCAUCAGAUUCUGAGUACAAGCCAUAGAAAGCAAACUGAACUCUACAGACAUCUGUGAAUAUAUACACACAAGGAUUAAUAGUAUUGUUGUAUCAUUUAUUACAUGUAUAUCAAGAUUUUUUAAUUCUUCAAGGGAACUCUAAAGGAGAUUGAAUUAAAAAUGUACAUGGAGUUCUGUUUGUUUCAUUGAAUUAAAAAUGUGUAUGGAAUUCUGUUUGUUUCAUUUUUUAAUGAAAACAUUAAUGUUAUUUAUGGCAUGAUAUUUAAACUCUUGCAUUACCUUUUAUUUUCUUAAGAGUAGUUUUGUUACCAGAAUCAUAUCAAGAAAUGCUUAUCUCUUCAAUUUUUAUUAUAUUGUGUAUUGUUUCAGACUAAUAUAAUUAAGUAAAAAGAUACGACAUUAAUAGUUCUGUGCGAUUUUUUAGAGAAAGAAUCAUUAUCACAUAGAAAAUUUAGUAAAAUUGCUAUACUUUGUGAAAUCAAUUUUGUAAACAAAUUAUUGUCUACUGUUUUAUGAAAUCAUUUAAUUACCUUUCUGAAUUAUUAAUUUUUAACCUUUUUUUAGACUUAUAAUACUGUAUCUGCCUAGGGUCUCACAGGAAUAAGAUGCUGAUUAUUACUUCGGUUGAGCAUGAAAUAAUAUUUUGCUUUUAAAGCAUUUGUAAUAUGUAAUAUGUUUUAUAAUAUGUUUUUCUGUAAGAUGUGUAUGUGAGAUGUGUAUGUUCAUUUAAAUUACAUUAAACAUUAAUAUUUAUAUUGUUUUUGUUUAACAUUUUACACAUAUUGAAGUAUUUUUACUUUAUAACUACAUGUCUUGUAGUGAAAUAUAGAUCAUUAUCCAGAGCUGACUAUUGGAGAUUUGCUGUAUCUGCAUGAUUCUUUCAAAUUAAAACUGUCUUGUGGCUUGAUUUUUAUAAUGGUUAUAUUCUAUUUGUACAUUUGAGUUAUAGAACUGGACAUGAAAAAGAUAACUAUGAGUAGAUUUCUGUUUUUUAUUUACUUAGAAGAAUUGUUCAGUUUUGAGUAGUGCAACUAAUGAAAAUGUUCUGCAUUAUUGUAAUAAUAAUAGCUUGUAAUUCUAAAAUUCUAUUUUACAUUGAGUAACAACAGAUAAAUAUUACAUCCUCUGGGAUAAUUACAUGAUUUAGUUGUUUACUUUUUCAAUGUCUGUUAUGCCUACUAAAAUAAAUUGCUUUUUGCUAUAUUUUAACAG